UUUUUUUUUUGUUAUGACAACUUAGUUGGGAGAAUUGGAAAACGCAUUACGGGCAAGUGAAUACAUGUUGAAACCAAAUGGCUCGUUAGUGGUGGUGACAUUUCAUUCCUUGGAAGAUAGAAUGGUUAAGAACUUUAUGCAUCAUUGUUCUGGGAAACGAUCGAUAGAAGAUGCAGAACACAAUCAAUUCGACAUGAAACGUGCUGUACAUCGGGAAUGGAAAAAGGCUUCAAGGCGACUCUCUUCUGAAGAUGAUAUUCAACAUACCUAUAUGCAUCGAAAGAAAAAACAUAUACAUUCGGAUACCUCUUCUUCUUCUUCUUCUUCUUUUCGACUAUUAUCGAAAAAAGUGAUUCUUCCAAGUCGUCAAGAAACAGCAGAAAAUCCUCGAAGUCGAUCAGCAAAGUUACGGGCGGCUCAACGUACUUCUGCAACCCCUAUGACUCCUUUUGGACCUUUGGAUUAUGAUGAUGAUGAAUAGAUUUUGUUUAUAUAAAAGAGUGAACAGAUUGUAGCUACAGUUAGAUUAGAUCUUG